AAUUUUACACAAAAAAAUUAAUUUAUUAAUUAAAAAUUCUACACCAAACUACUUUAAUUAAUCCCAAAAUUUGGCAUACACAUGUGACAGUUAACCUAACCUAUAAAAAAAAUGGGUAAAGCAAAGAAAACACGAAAAAUCGUUGAAAAGCGAUACGCCCAGAUGAAAAAAAUGAUUAGUUUAAGCGAUCCGCGAAUAAAAGCGUCUCAAAGGGCCGCACCGCGGCGAAAAAAACCGGAAGAUCCCCAAGAAAUGAAAGUACACAACGCCCCACAAGUUAGUUCUGCUUUAUUCUUCCAAUAUAACACCCAACUAGGCCCGCCUUAUCAUAUAUUAAUUGAUACAAAUUUUAUAAAUUUCUCAAUCAAAAACAAAUUGGAUAUUAUUCAAAAUAUGAUGGACUGUUUGUAUGCAAAAUGUAUUCCGUAUAUAACAGAUUGCGUUUUGGCCGAAUUGGAAAAGUUAGGUCAGCGGUACAAGGUUGCUUUAAGAAUUAUAAAGGAUCCUCGAUUUCAAAGGAUUGCUUGUGUUCAUAAAGGAACGUACGCCGAUGAUUGUUUGGUGCAAAGAGUUACUCAACAUAAGUGUUAUAUUGUUGCAACUAAUGAUAAAGAUUUGAAGAGGAGAAUUAGAAAAAUUCCAGGCGUACCUAUUAUGUAUGUUGCUCAACAUCGAUAUACAAUUGAGAGGAUGCCAGAUGCUUAUGGGGCACCAAAAACAUAAAACUAGUUAUUUUGAUAAGGUAUAUUUUAAUAAAUACAAUACAUUUUGAAAUAAAUAUUUAA